UGCUUCGUGUAUGAAUUGGCAACAAUUAAGUUCAUACGUGGAGACGUGAGCUACUCUGUUCUCGAGGAGAUGAAACGCGGAUCUGUCAUCGGAAAUAUCGCUAAGGACCUCGGCAUUUAUGUUUCUACGCGCAGAGCUCGCAUUAAUUCUGAGGACAACGGAGUCCAGUACUGCAGCGUGAACCUGAACACGGGAGAGCUGGUUGUUCAGGAGAGGAUUGACAGAGAGGGCCUUUGUGCGAAGAAGACUUCAUGUAUUCUGAAACAGGAGCUCGUGCUGGAAAACCCUUUAGAAUUACAUCCUUUCACAUUACGCGUCCAAGACAUUAAUGAUAACGCGCCUAAGUUUAAGGAAGAGACACUUAAAUUUGAAAUUCGAGAAUCAGCACUGAAGGGAGCGCGAUAUGCAGUUGGUGAAGCACACGACGAUGACAUAGGAGAAAACGCAGUACAGGGCUACAGCCUCCAGCAGAACGAGCAUUUUAAACUAAAUGUUAAAACUAAUUCCGGGGGACGUAAAUUCUGUGAGUUAGUUUUAGACAAAGAGUUAGACAGAGAGGAAAAUAACGAGAUCACGCUUGUGUUGACUGCGUUUGAUGGCGGCUCUCCUCAGAGAUCAGGCACAGUAGUCAUCCAUGUCACUGUUCUUGACGCUAAUGAUAAUGCGCCAGUGUUUAGUCAGACUGUGUAUAAAGCGAGUCUUCCAGAAAACUCUCCUCCAGAUACACUGGUUAUUACAGUCACUGCUACUGAUGCGGACGAGGGAAUACAUAGUGAGAUUACGUACGAGUUUGACCAUGUUUCAAGUAAGGAUGUGUUUUCAAUACACCCUAAAGCAGGAGAGGUCAGAGUUACAGGAAAAAUUGAUUAUGAAAAAAUGGCAUCAUAUGAAAUGCAAAUAAGUGCAAAAGAUGGUUUAGGCCUGGCGUCCUAUGCUACUUUAAUGAUAGAAAUUACUGAUGUGAACGAUAAUGCUCCAGUUAUUUACCUACAAUCACUGUCCAAUCAGAUCCCUGAGAAUGUGUCUCCUGGUACAGAGGUGGGCAUCAUUAAUGUACAGGACAGAGACUCAGAGAACAACAGACAGGUCCGCUGCUCCCUUCAGACUGGGGUCCCUUUCAAGUUAGUACCUUCCAUUAAAAACUAUUAUUCUCUAGUGACCACAGAACAGCUGGACCGUGAGCUAGUGUCUGAUUACAACAUUACAAUCAGUGCCACUGACGAGGGCUCUCCCCCUCUGUCCUCCUCUAAAACUGUCCACUUAACUGUAGCUGACAUCAAUGACAACCCUCCUGUGUUUGAGGAGCAGUCCUACAGCGCACAUGUGACUGAAAACAACAAACCUGGCUCCACUUUAUGUUCUGUUGCCGCUCGAGACCCAGACUGGAGACAAAACGGGACAGUGGUUUAUUCUCUGUUACCUGGUGAGGUGAAUGGGGCCCCAGUGUCCUCCUAUGUCUCUGUUAAUGGAGACACAGGGGUGAUCCAUGCUGUGAGGGCUUUUGAUUAUGAACACUUCAGGAGUUUUAAAGUCCAUGUGAUGGCCAGAGACAAUGGCUCUCCUCCACUCAGCAGCAACGUGACAGUCACUGUGUUUAUAUCUGAUGUGAACGACAACUCUCCUCAAAUACUGUACCCCACCCCGGAGGGGAACUCCUUCAUGACUGAACUGGUCCCUAAAGCUGCACAUGCAGGCUCUCUGGUGUCCAAAGUGAUAGCAGUGGACGCAGACUCUGGACAGAACGCCUGGCUGUCCUAUCACAUCGUCAAAUCCACUGAUCCUGGACUUUUUACUAUUGGUCUCCACAGUGGAGAGAUCAGGAGCCAGCGGGACAUCUCUGAGUCUGACAGCAUGAAACAGAACCUUAUUGUGGCAGUGAAGGAUAACGGACAGCCUCCUCUCUCUGCCACCUGCUCCAUGUAUUUACUGAUCUCUGAUAACUUGGCUGAAGUGCCUGAACUCAAGGACAUUUCUUAUGAUGAGAGAGACUCAAAGCUGACAUCCUAUCUGAUCAUUGCACUGGUGUCAGUGUCCACAUUUUUCCUCACCUUCAUUAUUAUUGUCCUGGGUGUGAGGUUCUGUCGCAGGAGGAAGCCCAGACUGUUGUUUGAUGGAGCAGUUGCAAUCCCCAGUGGUUAUCUGCCUCCUAAUUAUGCAGAUGUUGACGGCACAGGAACUUUACGCAGCACUUACAACUAUGAUGGAUACAUGACAACUGGAUCCAGGACAAGUGACUUUAAGUUUGUCUCGUCCUACAAUGACAACACACUGCCUGCAGAUCAGACACUGAGGAAAAGCCCCACUGACUUCUCUGAUGUUUUUGGAGAUUGUGAUGUCUCUCCUGAGACAGGCUUCUGA